GCUGGUCCAUGCGCAGCGGAGGCGGCGGAGGUGGGCGGCACAUCUCUCCUCUUCCCCCGGACCAGGAGCGCUCUGAGGCGGCGUACAUCAGCUGCAGGCUCCAUGGACGAGCAGGCCGGUCCCGGGGUGCUGUUCCCGGGCAGCGGCGCCGUGAAGUCCCCGCUGCCUGGAGCCGGAGAGGCGGCCCGGGCUCUCUACAGCCUCCCCGCGGCGCUGCACUUUCUCCAGCGGCAGUGGGCGAGCUUCGAGCGGGAGAGACACCAGUGGGACACGGAGAGGAGCGAGCUGCAGUCGCAGAUCGCGCUGCUUCAGGGUGAGAGGCGCGGUCAGGAGAACCUCCGGAAGGAUCUACAGAGGAGGAUCAAGAUGUUGGAGUACUCGCUCAGACAAGAGAGAGGCAGAUUUCACCGACUGAAACACGGCUCAGACCUGAUCCAGGACCAGCUCAGACCCCCCGAGUACGACUCAGACGAAGACGAGAGUCCAGCUCCACCUCCUUGUCUCCAAAGCUGCAUCCAGGGUCAGCAGAUCAUAACGAGGUACCUGGAGGAGCUCGGGUACACAGACGUCCUGGAGGUCAAGUCCAACAGAGUCCGAAUCCUUUUGGGUCAGAGUCCGGACGAGGAACCCACGACCAGUCAGGACCCUGUGGACCCUCUGGACCCUCUGGACCCUGUGGACCCUCUGGACCCUGUGGACCCUCUGGACCCUGUGGACCCUCUGGACCCUCUGCGCUGUGUGGAGUCUGUGAUGGAGACCUUCAGGAUCAUAGAGAGAGCUGCGGCUCAGUUCAGCCAGGACCAGGACCAGAGCCCGGAUCAAGACCAGAUCCUGGACCGAGAUCUGGACCGCGACAUAGACCGGGAUCUGGACCUGGACGAGGACCCGAGCACAGCUGACCUGAUGGUGCGGCGUCACUCGACCGUCUCCUCCUCCUCCUCCUCCUCCUCCUCCUCUUCUCUGAGUGAGGACACAGACACCAAGGAGGCUCUGAGAGGCUUCAACUUUCUGUGCAGCGCCGAAGAGGGCGCCCCUUGUGAUCUGGACCUGAGUCUAGGCCGGACCUGGGACCAGAGUGUGAUCGAGGAGCUGAAGGAGCAGUACAAGAGAGAGAGGAGAGGCAAGAAGGGCGUCAAACGACCAAACCGCUCUAAACUGCAGGACAUGCUGUCAAACCUGCGAGAGGCUGAGGACGUGUCUCCGGGACCCCCCUGUGGUCCCCCUCGAUCCGGACGCUUCAGUGACCAAGACCCGGGGCGACCGGACGACGAGCCGGUGUUUGUGGCGUCUCCGGGGAAGUCCUUCCUCUUGGGGCCGGUGGACGAGGCCGUGUCCCUGGACCUGGGUCUGGGGGAACUGGCUGGACUGACUGUGGCCAACGAGUCUGAGGGGCCCGUGUACGAUGUCUCUACAGACUCUGUCAGGAGGACUUGGUCUCAGAAGUUCAGUCUGAGGAGCCAUCUGGACUCAGUUCGGUCUCUGGUCUUUCAUCCGAUUGAGCCGCUGCUGCUGACGGCGUCUGAAGACCACACUCUGAAGCUCUGGAACCUGCACAAGACCAGCACCAGCAAGAAGUGUGCAGCUUUAGACGUGGAGCCAAUCUACACCUUCAGAGCUCACAGUGCUCCAGUCUUGGCUGUGGUCAUGAGUUCUUCUGGGGAGCAGUGCUUCAGUGGAGGAGCCGACGGCGCCAUCUACAGCUGGAACACGCCCGGCGCAACCACCGACCCCUAUGACCCCUAUGAGCCAGGCAUCCUGCGGGGGGCGCUCUCCGGUCACUCUGACGCGGUGUGGGGCGUGGCCUAUAGCUCCGCCCACCAGCGACUCAUUUCCUGUUCAGCCGAUGGGACUCUGAGGGUUUGGGACGCGUCCGAAACUCUGCCUGCGCUCACCGUCAUCAGGACAGGGGACACAGAGCUGGACACCCCGUCCUCUUUGGACCUCCUCACCUCUGACCCGGCUCUGCUCGUCUGCUCCUCCGCCUCCGGAUCCAUCGGCCUCUUUAACCUGGAGACGCAACAACGGGUCCUGAGCCUGGAGACCGGACCGGAGACCGGACCAGAGACCAGGGUCAACCAGGUCCUCAGCCACCCCUCUCUGCCCCUGACCAUCAGCGCAGGAGAUGACCGCCACAUUCGCUUCUACGACAACAACACAGGUAAACUGGUGCACUCCAUGGUCGCUCACCUGGACUCAGUCACCUGUCUCUCUGUGGACCCCAACGGACUCUACCUGCUGUCAGGCAGUCAUGACUGCUCGGUGCGUCUCUGGAGCCUGGACUCUCGGACCUGUGUUCAGGAGUUCACCGCUCACCGCCGAAAGUUCAACGAGUCCAUCCACGCCGUCGGCUUCCACGGUGCGCUGGGCUACAUGAGCAGCGGGGGGGCGGACGGGCUCGCCAAGGUCUACGUGUGAGGGGGGGAGGGGCUAGAGGAAGGGGAGGGGCUAGAGAGAGGAGAAGGGGUAUGGAGUGACUGCCCACCCCCUGGUUCCAGAGGUAAAGUUCCAUACAUUUUUCCCAUAGACUUUCUG